UGGAAGUACUCCUAGUUAAGUUAGGUCGGCCUCGAGGGCAGUGACAAAACAGUCCCGCUUUUGUCCUUAUUCAGUCGUUUACAACUUCUCUAGCUGAGAUCAGAUAAACCGCAGCAAUGACAGGGAAGGACCCAAAUAAGCCGAGAGGAAAAAGCACCUCCUAUGCUUUCUUCGUCCAGACCUGCCGCGAGGAGCACAAAAAGAAACACCCAGGGACCACCGUAGGAUUUGCAGAGUUUUCCAAGAAAUGCUCCGAGAGAUGGAAGACCAUGUCAGCCAAGGAGAAGUCAAAGUUCGAGGAGAUGGCUAAGAACGACAAGAUUCGGUAUGACAGAGAGAUGAAGACGUACAUCCCUCCCAAAGGUGCUGCUAAAGGCAAGAAGAAGAAGGACCCCAAUGCACCCAAAAGACCACCUUCCGCUUUCUUUGUGUUCUGCUCUGAUCACCGCCCCAAAAUUAAGGAGGACAAUCCUGGUAUCUCCAUCGGUGACAUUGCCAAGAAGCUGGGCGAGUUGUGGUCUACACAGUCUGCCAAAGACAAGGCUCCCUAUGAAGCGAGGGCUGCCAAGCUGAAGGAAAAAUACGAGAAGGUAUCCACCCGUUAUCCUUUUUUUUUUUUUUUUUUUUUUUUUUGCACAGUGCCACUAGAGUUUAUGUUGCAUGUUAAAGGAUAAGUAUGACUAUCAUGU